UUAUUUCUAUCGUCUCUCCUCUUGGCUGACCAACUGGGCAGCUAUUCUUCCUUCUUCAGUUCUCUCUUUCUUUCUCUUUCUCUUUCUCUCUCUAAAUCGAAAAUGGAGUGUAACUCAACACGGAUGGCCACUAUCUUCAUCUCUCUGCUCCUCCUAAUCUCAUCAGGAUAUUCGUUCUAUCUCCCAGGUGUCGCUCCUCGCGAUUUUCAAAGGGGUGAUCUACUUCAAAUUAAAGUGAACAAGCUCUCAUCAACAAAGACUCAACUUCCAUAUGACUAUUAUUAUUUGAAGUACUGCAAGCCUACCAAAAUUCUGAACAAUGCAGAAAAUUUGGGGGAGGUUCUUCGAGGUGACCGUAUAGAGAAUUCUGUUUAUACCUUUCAUAUGAGGGAGGAGCAGCCAUGCAAAGUGGUCUGUCGAGAAACGCUUGAUGCUGAAUCUGCUAAUAAUUUCAAGGAAAAAAUUGAUGAUGAAUAUAGAGUAAAUAUGAUUCUGGAUAACCUUCCAGUUGCUGUUCUUAGACAAAGGAGGGAUGGAAGCCAGUCAACCACUUAUGAACAUGGUUUUCGUGUUGGUUUCAAAGGAAAUUAUGCAGGGAGCAAAGAAGAGAAAUAUUUUAUCAAUAAUCACUUGAGCUUUAGAGUCAUGUAUCACAAGGACCCUGAGACUGAUUCUGCUAGAAUUGUUGGGUUCGAGGUUACUCCAAACAGUAUUAAUCAUGAGUAUAAGGAGUGGGAUGAGAAGAACCCUCAGUUGACAACGUGCAACCAGAACACCAAAAAUAUACUUCAAGGCAGCACUGUUCCACAGGAAGUUGAGAAAAAUAAGGAGGUUGUGUUUACAUAUGAUGUUUCUUUCAAGGAAAGUGAUAUCAAAUGGGCAUCACGUUGGGACACCUACCUCCUCAUGAAUGAUGAUCAGAUCCAUUGGUUCUCCAUUAUAAACUCUCUGAUGAUUGUCCUCUUCCUUUCUGGCAUGGUGGCCAUGAUCAUGAUGAGAACUCUGUACAAAGAUAUUGCAAACUAUAAUCAAUUGGAAACCCAAGAUGAAGCUCAGGAAGAAACAGGAUGGAAACUUGUUCAUGGAGAUGCUUUUAGGGCACCUGUCAAUUCCGGAUUACUGUGUGUUUAUGUUGGGACUGGUGUUCAGAUCUUUGGAAUGACACUCGUGACAAUGAUAUUUGCAUUGCUGGGUUUCUUAUCACCUUCCAACCGAGGCGGACUUAUGACUGCCAUGGUUCUCUUAUGGGUUUUCAUGGGCUUAUUUGGUGGUUACUCCUCAGCACGAUUAUACAAAAUGUGUAAGGGGACAGAAUGGAAGAGGAAUACCUUGAAAACAGCUUUUAUGUUUCCUGGUAUUUUGUUUGCCAUCUUUUUUGUGCUGAAUGCACUAAUCUGGGGGGAGAAAUCUUCUGGAGCAAUACCCUUUGGGACUAUGUUUGCUCUUGUGUGCUUAUGGUUUGGAAUCUCAGUGCCCUUAGUGUUUGUGGGGAGUUACUUGGGUUUCAAAAAACCUGCCAUUGAAGAUCCAGUAAAGACGAACAAAAUCCCUAGGCAGAUACCGGAGCAGGCAUGGUACAUGACACCGGUCUUCUCUGUACUUAUCGGUGGCAUUCUUCCAUUUGGGGCUGUUUUCAUUGAGCUAUUCUUCAUCCUCACAUCCAUAUGGCUGAACCAGUUCUAUUAUAUCUUUGGGUUCCUUUUCAUAGUUUUCAUUAUCCUUAUUAUCACUUGCGCGGAGAUAACCAUCGUGCUCUGCUAUUUCCAGUUAUGCAGUGAAGACUACCAUUGGUGGUGGAGGGCUUACCUGACUGCUGGCUCCUCUGCUUUGUACCUUUUCCUCUACUCAAUUUUCUACUUCUUCACCAAGCUGGAAAUUACAAAGCUGGUUUCGGGCAUCCUUUACUUUGGAUAUAUGUUAAUCAUGUCGUAUGCCUUCUUUGUAUUGACGGGGACCAUUGGCUUCUAUGCUUGCUUCUGGUUUGUUAGGAAGAUCUAUUCAUCAGUGAAGAUUGAUUGAUGUGCAGUUCUUGAGAGAGUGCUGGGUGAUUACAAAUUGACUUGUGUGAGUAGAUGAAGGCCUGGACCAAAGAAGAGGUUUCCUCUUUGCGCAGGAUAAGAGCUACACUCCGAAAAGUUUUCCUAACCUAAAACCUAAACUUUUGUUAUUUUGCUGAUAGUAUUGUAGGGCUUGGCAUGUAUGUUCCCAUCCUUUAUACCAGCUUUAGUUGUUAUGACUUAUGAAAUGUACCUUUGGUAAUUUCUGCCCAAGGAGUCUUAGAGAGGUAGUAAUUCUUGUAGAACUUUAUGAUAAACUCUUCACCACUGCCAAUGCAAUUAUUAGUUGGUAAAA